AUGGGAAGUGGGCACACAUAUUUGACCUACAAUGGAACAGUUGGUGGACACAACGGCAGCGAUAGCCGUGUCUAUGUCACGGUUGACUGGGACAAGGCCCCGAAAGCUCCCAACACCACAGAAGUCUUCAUCAACAUAACGAGUGACUGUCGCGGCUUUGAGAGGUAUGCCGGUCAGGAACCACGCGUGGUUGCAACAGUCAUCAACCGAGAAGUGCCUGAUGACUUUGAAGGCUUUGUUGAAUCUGAUGGACACGUUUCAAUCGAAGCAUCGCACUACCAAGACAUAUAUGAAGGCGACUCUGACGACGAAUCUGUCGAAUACCACACUAUCAAGAACUACGGCCGUACGCUUGCAGGUGUUGGGCUAUACCCUCUCGAUACUGAGACACUUGAGGUUGGUGAAGGCCCUGCUCUCGAGUAUGAAAUGUACCUCUUCAGCAACCACUCGGCCGCCAACGUUACGCUCUUUAUCUCUCCAGCUGCCAACUACCUCGGAGAUAGAAAUCCGCUCGAAUAUGCCAUCGUGUUGUUCCCAUCUGGAGAGGACCAACCCGAACCGACAAUCGUUCAACCUAUUGGUCCGAACGUUGGCAGUAACAUGCCCGAGGGAUGGGGCUAUGUUGUUCCCAAUGCUGUCUGA